UUCAUCUCUUGCUCACUGAAGUCAACUGAAUGGCGCUGAAUUAGAUAAAGUAAACUGUUAGGCGUAGGUUGGGAUUUCUAUUUACCUAAACGGAGAUGUCAGACGAGAAAAAGGGAGUAAAACCUGAGAAUGAACAAAUCAACCUAAAAGUCGUGGGACAAGAUGGGAGUAUUGUCCAGUUCAAAAUAAAGAAACACACACCCCUUAGAAAACUUAUGACAACAUAUUGUGACAGAGCGGGCUUGAAUAUUCAGAAUGUCCGUUUUCGUUUUGAUGGUCAGCCAGUAAGUGAAACAGACACUCCAGCUGGACUAGAAAUGGAGGAUGAGGAUACUAUUGAUGUAUUCCAGCAGCAGACUGGUGGAAAAUGACACUGAUUUUCUGCUGAUGUAUAUUGGCAAAGAAGUACAUGAGAACUCGCUCAUAACAUCAGAGAUUUGAAAGCCAUCUUUUCAUAUCUUUCACUCAUUGGAAAGUUAUAUGUAAAAAUAAUGUAACUCUGUGCUAUUUAGUUGACCAUUCUUCCAGUUUCUUCCAGAAUAAUGUACCAUUGUCCUUUAUAUUAACUGAUUUUAGGGCUAACUUAAACUAAAUCUAAGACAUUUUUAUUAUUUUCUUUAAAAAAUGAAUGAUCAAGUAGUGGUAAGUUAGGAUUAGGUUUGACAUGUGUUUCAGUGUAAGAAUAAUCCCAUGUUUUUAAUAUGAUUUUUAAAAAUGAGAAAAAAGUAGUAUUAGAAAACAACAGUGUUCUUCAAUAAUAAAUUUUCAGAAAAAGAAGUUACUGUAUGAUAGUGAAAUUUUUUCAUCAGUAAUUUUCUUCUUUAGGCUUGUGUUUUUUUGGUUUUCUUUCAAAUCAGCAUGCUAUAAGUUUAAUAAAAGAUAGUAAGAAAAAUAUUAUAAAGUUUAUCCCCCACACGCAUACAUUGAGGAUGGGACUGGUAACGUUGCACCCUAUAAUAGGUCUUUUGUACCUCCUUUUUUUUUAUUGAUUCAAAACAACAUAUAAGAAACAUGUCAUAAAUGUAGUUUGUACAAACUAAGUUUUCUGUGUGGGGGUUAACUUUAUUAAGUAUAAAAGUUAUUUUGUCUGCUAAUUAUGUAAGUUAAGCUGUAGUAUUUAUAAUUGCCAUAUGACUUAAACUGAUUUACUUAUGUGAAAUAAAAAAUACUUCAUUUUUUUUGUUUGAGGUUCAUGGUUGUGGUGAAUCAAAUAAAAUCUUGUUUUAUAUUUUACUAAAUUGGUAGACCAUAUUAGUAUUACACACAUCCUUUACAUAAACCAAAAAUAUGUGGCUAAAUGUGUUUUUAGCGUUGUUGUGAUAAUCUAAUUAAAAAGUGCCUAAGUAGCACAAAAUCUAUUGGAUAACUGUAAAGAUUUCCAAUAUAAAAAUGUUUGAUACUUAGUAGAGUUUAAAUGAUUAGUUAAGAAAUCUCAUGCCAUAAAUGGAGCAUGUAGUUUCACAGAUAUUUUUAUUUCCAAUACAAUAUUUUACCUCCCUUCACAAAAUACAUUUUCUUGAUUAGUACUGCCCUCUGUCGGUGCAUAUUUUCAAUGCUUGCCAUUAGCCAUCAACCUCCUGCAUCUGCAUGUCCACAUGUAAAUGAUUAUGCAGCAGCUCUCCACCAAUAGGAGUGCAACACAUCCUAUCAUAACCAGUGCCCUCUCCACAUUUGCACUCAUUAAUCACUUCUUGAUUGGCAGCGGUACUGGUCAGACAUGCUUAUUUUUGCUCGCAAAUUUGUGGAUGAUUUCCUUUAUACUAUAGAAUAUAUUCUUCUUUACUAUGUUUUUGUUAUUUCUUUACUUGCAGAGACCUUUUUGUUAGUGUACUGUGGAUCCCACUUUGUGGUGAGUAGUGCCUGACCAGGUAUACUUUUUUUUAAACCCGCACUGCCUAUCCUUUGACUAUGCUUGAUGUCAAUUACACUGUAGCCUUUCCUACCAUGGACCUCAUGUACAAUUCCAAAUGCUACCAGGUCUCCAUUCAAUUGUUAUCCAUGCUGAAACAAUUAUGUUGCAGAAUUAGGUUAUGCACACCAUAGAGAUGAGGUGCUCCAUAGAACUGCUAGUAGUUCUCUCUAGUGGUCUUUGGAAAUAUGUUCGUCCCAAACCAUACACUCAUGGACACACAGAAAGGAUUUGCUGCCCAUCUCUGAUGAUCUGUGGCAUUGAGAUUCUUCUUACUGCAGAACUGAUGUACAAUUCCAGUUGCCUUCGGGUGUUGGUUGAUUGACUCCAUUAACAUGGUAGCUCUGCUUUUCAAAAUAGGGUAUCACAGUCACCCAUAGCACUGUUGCUGGUGAUGUGGUCUUCUGGACUCCCCAAUGCAUUUUUCCAUAUUUUCUUCUAGUGGAGUAUGGGAGUCCUUGCCUCUCACUCGUUCCUAGCUGCUGGGGUGGUGGACCAUGGAGGCUUGUCCUUUUGAGUGAUGCAUCAUAUCACUCAGUUGAGAGUAGGGCAGUGAUAUUGUUCCAGAUACCGCAAGGUUUCGGUUCUAGCACAGUGACUUGUUAAUAUGUAUAUACGACAGAUUGCUUUUUCCCACAGUGGUAUUCCUCCUUUCUACCAUCCUCUGGAUGUACAUUCCUGGUGGGUCUGGAAUACCAAAAGGUGAUCAUCUUGGCAAUGGAAUUUAGUGAUUUUCUGAGGGCAUUAUGGCCAUAUUGAAAUAGACGACAGCAAUUGCUGCCUUGGCCACUGUGAAUUCCCUACCCUAGUCUUCUGACCAAUCUCAAAGUGAUUAAUGAGUGCAAAUGUGGAGAGGGCGCUGUUUGUGUUAGUGGUUGUGACUUUGCUCCUAUUGGUGGAGAGCUGCUGCAUAAUUACUUACAUGUGGAUAUGCAAAAGCGGGAGGUGGAAGGCUGGUGAUGAACAUUAAAAAUUUGCGACACUUGAGGGCAGUACUAACCGAGAAAAGCUAUUUUGUGAAAGGAGGUAAGUGUCUGUCGGAAAUACAUUUUCAGUUGAGGAAAAUGUAAACUUUUAGUGAAAUUAUGUUUAUUAUUUGUAUGAAAUGCUGAAUGAAAAUAAGAGUUAAAGAUUUAGUAAACAAACAUGCUAUACUGUAUGGUGUUUAAAAUCAAAGUGAAACAAAAGAGAUGUUCUUUUUUUUUCUCUCUCUCAAUCACUUAAUCAUAUAAAGAGAUGGUAUUUCUCAGAAGCUAUUAACUCUACUGUAAAUCCAAAUUAUGUUUUCAAA